AUGCGUCUUUGCCAAGACAUCAUUAACAUUUCCCACAUGAGCAGCAACUGGUCAAGGGACAUUCGUGCUUCACUGUACAGCCUAAUGUCACUCAUAAUCCUGGCUACUCUGGUUGGCAACUUAAUAGUAAUAAUUUCUAUAUCCCACUUUAAGCAACUUCAUACACCCACAAAUUGGCUCCUUCAUUCCAUGGCCGCUGCGGACUUUCUCCUGGGCUGCCUAGUGAUGCCAUACAGCAUGGUGAGAACCGCUGAGCACCGCUGGUAUUUCGGAGAAAUCUUCUGUAAAGUUCACACCAGCACCGACAUUAUGCUGAGCUCCGCGUCCAUUUUCCACCUAUCCUUCAUCUCCGUCGACCGGUACUACGCUGUGUGCGACCCCCUGAGGUACAAAGCCAAGAUCAAUGUCUUGACGAUUUUUGCGAUGAUCCUCGUUAGCUGGAGCAUCCCUGCUGUCUUUGCGUUUGGAAUGAUCUUCCUGGAGCUGAACUUGAAAGGAGCCGAAGAGCUGUAUAGCAAACAGGUUGGCUGCCUGGGUGGCUGUUCGGCCUUCUUUAGCAAAGUGUCUGGAGUGCUGGCCUUCGUGACUUGUUUCUAUAUACCUGGAUCCGUUAUGUUAUUUGUUUACUAUAGGAUAUAUUUUAUAGCUAAAGGGCAAGCGAGGUCAAUUAAUAGUGCCAAUCUUCAAAUUGGAAUGGACAGGAAAAGCAGAAUGCCACAAAGCAAGGAAACAAAAGCUGCGAAGACCUUAGGGAUCAUGGUGGGCACUUUCCUCGUAUGCUGGUGCCCUUUUUUUUUCUGCAUGGUCCUGGAUCCGUUCCUGGGCUAUGCUAUCCCACCCACUUGGAACGAUGCUCUGAAUUGGCUUGGGUACCUGAAUUCUGCCUUCAACCCAAUGGUUUAUGCCUUCUUCUAUCCCUGCUUCAGACGAGCGCUGAAAAUGAUUCUUCUUGGUAACAUUUUCCAAAAAGAUUCCUCUAGGUCUAAGUUAUGUUUGUAA